CCACAACAUAUUCUCGACUAUUGCACAUUAUCGAUCGUGAUCAAAAUCUUUUGAUCAAGUUGGUUGUGACAAAAAAGUAGUUUAAUACAGACACUUCAAUUGAAGUAGAUUGCAAAUGGACGCCGCUUGGACGCUUUCUGCAGAGCAGGUUCUGCAAAAGCUAAAAGUUGACCCUAAAAAAGGUUUAACUGAAGAUGAAGUAAAACAACGUCAACAACAAUAUGGUUUAAACGAACUAGAAGAACCAGAUCCAACGCCUUUAUGGCAAUUGAUCUUGGAUCAAUUCAAAGAUCAAUUGGUGUUGAUCUUGUUGGCAUCUGCGGUAAUCUCUUUCGUCUUGGCUUUGUUGGAAGAAAAUGAGAGCUUAGGUACAGCACUGGUUGAGCCAGCUGUCAUCUUUCUCAUCUUGAUCGCAAAUGCAACCGUUGGUGUGGUUCAAGAACGUAAUGCUGAUCAAGCAAUUGACGCCCUUCGUGAAUAUUCGCCUGAUUUCACACACGUGAUUCGUAAUGGAAAAGAUGCAAGAAUACGAUCUGUUGACGUUAUCCCGGGCGAUAUCGUUAGCUUGACCGUUGGUGAUAAAGUUCCUGCCGAUUGUCGUUUGAUCGCUAUCAAAUCGAGUAGCUUCCGCGUAGAUCAAGCAAUUUUGACUGGUGAAUCGUUGAGUGUGAACAAAAAUUUGGACGUUGUCAAAGAUACUAAAGCUGUAAAGCAAGAUAUGACCAACAUGCUUUUCAGCGGAACAACAAUCGCUUCCGGUUCGGGAGUUGCUGUUGUCGUUCUAACGGGUAGUAAAACGGCCAUUGGAGAUAUUCACAAAUCAAUUUCAAACGAAGAAGAUGAGAAGACACCGUUGAAACAAAAGUUGGAUGAUUUCGGAGAUAUGUUGGCGAAAGUGAUUACUGUUAUUUGCAUCUUAGUAUGGUUGAUUAAUGUACGCCAUUUCAAUGAUCCAUCGCAUGGUGGCUUGGUUCAAGGUGCAAUUUACUAUUUCAAGAUUGCCGUCGCCUUGGCCGUUGCCGCUAUCCCCGAAGGUUUGGCAGCUGUCAUUACUGCUUGUUUAGCAUUGGGUACGAAAAAGAUGGCUAAAAAGAAUGCAAUCGUUCGUCAUUUACCCUCUGUUGAAACCCUUGGCUCUACAAAUGUGAUUUGCUCCGACAAGACGGGAACUUUGACAACAAACAAGAUGAGUGUUACCAGUUUCAUGACUGCUGGCACUACCGAUAACAAGAUUGACGAAUUCCACGUUGCAGGAUCUUCUUUUGAACCUCGAGGCGAAAUCACCACUUUAGACGGAAAGCCUGCAGGUAAGAUUAACUCGCAAGGUGGCAAUGUGCAUGCUUUGGCCGAAAUUUGUGCCUUGUGCAAUGACGCAAAGAUUAGCGUUGAUGCUAAUGGCUUGCAUGCUGCUCUCGGUACACCAACUGAAGCCGCUUUGAAGGUCUUGGUAGAAAAGUUGGAACAUCAUGAUUCUUCCGUAAACAAUUCAUUGGCAAAUUUGGCAGUCUCAGAACGUGCAACUGCUGUCUCUGUUGCUUAUGAGAAUCAAUACGAACGUCUCCUGACUUUGGAAUUCACCCGUGAUCGUAAAUCAAUGUCAACUUUGGUCCGUCGACCCAACGGUCAAGGAGCUUUACUGGUAAAGGGUGCACCUGAUGCAAUCAUUGAACGUUGCUCUAACAUCAUGUUACGUGAUGGCAAAGUGAUUGCACUCUCCGAUUCCAUGCGAAGUGCUUUGGAAGACAAAGUGUUGGAAUGGGGUGCCGAUGGUUUACGUUGUUUGGCAAUGGCUGUGAUCGAAAACGUGCCAGUGGACCCGAAAGCCUACCGAUCUGAUUCCAGUGCUGAUUACGUUAGAUUUGAACAAAAGAUGACAUUUGUUGGUAUGUGCGGUACAAUUGAUCCACCAAGACCAGAAGUAAAGGAAGCCAUUGCUAAAUGCCGAAGUGCCGGAAUCAGAGUUAUCGUCAUUACUGGAGACAACAAAAAGACUGCCGAGACUAUUUGCCGUAGAAUUGGUAUCUUUGAAGAGGAUGAAGAUCUUACUGGAAAAUCAUACACCGGACGUGAAUUCGACGACCUUUCACUGGAGCAAAAGCAACAAGCAGCUUUGCGAGCAAGUCUUUUCAGCCGCACAGAACCUUCGCACAAGUACGAAUUGGUUGAAUUAUUGCAAAAGCAAAAGCUUGUCGUAGCUAUGACUGGUGACGGUGUCAAUGAUGCUCCAGCUUUGAAGAAAGCGGAUAUCGGUAUCGCAAUGGGUAUUAGUGGAACGGAUGUUGCCAAAUUGGCUGCUGAUAUGGUUUUGGCCGAUGAUAACUUUGCAACAAUUGAAACGGCUGUUGAAGAAGGUAGAAGUAUCUUUAACAACACCCAAAGUUUUAUUCGUUAUUUGAUCAGUUCCAAUAUCGGAGAAGUGGUUAGUAUCUUCUUAACCGUUCUUUUGGGUAUGCCCGAAGCAUUGAUUCCUGUGCAAUUGUUAUGGGUCAAUUUGGUUACCGAUGGUCUUCCUGCAACUGCUUUGGGAUUCAACCCACCCGAUCAUGAAAUUAUGCGACACAAACCACGCAACCGUGAUGAACCUUUGGUCGGCAAAUGGCUAUUCUUCCGUUAUAUGAUUGUUGGUAUCUACGUUGGAGCAGCAACCGUUGGAGGUUAUGCAUGGUGGUUCAUGUAUUACGCCGGUGGACCUAAAAUCACAUUCGAUCAACUCACCCACUUCCAUCAAUGCGGUACUACAACCUUUGAAAAAAUUUCGCCUUUCACUUUGGACUGCAACAUGUUUAUCGAUGAUCGUUCAAAGGCAGCAACGAGUAUCUCUUUGAGUAUCUUGGUGGUGAUUGAAAUGCUAAACGCAUUGAAUGCUCUAUCUGAAGUGGAUUCUUUGCUAAUUCAGCCCCCAACAAAGAACCCAUUCUUAGUCUUUGCCAUCAUCUUGAGUAUCGGAUUACACUUCAUGAUCCUUUACGUUCCAUUCUUGCGAGACCUUUUCGUCGUUGUGCCUCUCAAUUGGGAAGAAUGGAAAGGUGUUUUAGCAUUCUCCUUACCGGUUAUCUUCAUUGAUGAAAUUUGCAAAUUUAUCACAAGAAAUUACGUCAACCCACCCGACGCACCAGGCUUCUUAGAAGCUUCAAAGGCCAAAUCAAAUGGCGAAAUCACUCACGACAAAAAGAAGAAUUAGAGACUGCAUUUAUCUCAUAUCAUGUAGAUCAGACAAGUAGAGGAACGAUGAAUGCUAUUAUGUUACAAAUUUUA